GAACACGCGACGCGCUUCUUUGAUACGCCCACAUCAUGGAUCCUCGUGUGCUUUUCCUGGACUUUCCUCCGCCAUUAUCAUCAACAACACCACCACAUUGAAUUUCUGAGAUAUCGGAUGUGGAAUCUGAUGCUCUGAAUUCCCCCAUAUUCCCCUAUAGUCUUUGUUUACACAGGACGUAGCCAUGGCGAGUGUGAUUCUGCCCAAGAAGCGCAUCCUGGGCGAUGGGUCUAAUCGCCGAAAUAUCCCCUCGGAUUCAUCCACGACAAAACGGCGCCGUCUGGAGCCCCUUUCUUCCUCCCCAGCAUCGCGCUUGAAUAGCUCUCAGAAGGGCCCCGGCUCGAAAUUAGCCUCUACUCAGACCAAGAGCACCUUCGAGUCGGAGGUCCUCGAGAAGCUGAGCCAGGACAUUUCAGAGCUCAAACAGGCGAACUCGGAGAAGGAUCAAGCAUGGGAGCGCCCUCCUGUUGUUGACUUCAACCCCCAACGGGACAACCUCAUCUUCCAGCAGAUAGAGGUGGAAGAAGGCACUCUGCAUGGCGGCCAGGCUACAAUAAAACUCUUCGGCGUGACCGAGAAUGGCCACUCCGUCAUGCUCCACGUUACCGACUUUAAGCAUUACCUGUAUAUCGCCGCUCCUAUCUCCUUCACCCCUGACCUCUGCGAACCGUUCCGGGCCUACCUGGAGAACCACCUGGGAAACCAGCCAAUCGUACACUCAUGUCAGCUUCUCGCCAGGGAGAACAUUUAUGGCUUCCAAGGCAAUAAUAAGAGCCCCUUCAUCAAGAUCACUGUCACAGACCCGAAAUUUAUCCCGAGAGUGCGCGCCGCAUUCGAGAAGGACGAGGUGAAUUGGAGAGGAAUGUGGAAAGGAGUCGAUGGCGGCAUAAUGACAUUCGAUAAUUUGCAAUACGUCUUGCGAUUCAUGGUCGACUGCAAACUUCCUGGCAUGUCAUGGGUAGAGGCCCCCGCCAAAUCAUACCGCCUCAUCUCGGAGAACGAGCGGCAGUCGAGUUGUCAAAUCGAGGCCGAAAUUAGCUACACGAAACUGAUUUCCCACGAACCGAAGGGCGAAUGGUCCAAGAUGGCGCCGUUGCGGAUCCUGUCGUUCGAUAUCGAAUGUGCUGGGCGGAAAGGCAUCUUUCCGGAGGCCAACCACGAUCCCGUAAUCCAGAUUGCCAACAUCGUGACGCGCUACGGAGAGAGCAAACCGUUCGUUCGAAACGUAUUCUGUCUAGAGAAGACAAGUCCCAUCGUAGCUACAGAAGUGCUCGCGUUUAACAGGGAGGAAGACAUGCUCAUAUCUUGGAAGAGGUUUCUCGACAAGGUCGACCCCGACCUCAUCACCGGCUACAACAUUUGCAACUUCGACUUCCCGUACCUCCUUAAUCGCGCGAAACAUCUCAAAGUCGGUGGCUUCGAGUAUUGGACCCGCUUGCCGAACGUCAGAUCCUUCUCCAAAGACUCUAAUUUCUCGAGCAAGCAAAUGGGAAAUCGGGACACAAAAGUCACCAACACGAACGGGCGACUGCAGCUCGACCUCCUGCAGCUCAUCCAGCGGGACCACCACCUCCGAAGUUAUACCCUUAACUCGGUGUGUUCGCAUUUUCUGGGGGAGCAGAAGGAGGACGUCCACCACACGAUGAUCACUGAGUUAUUCAACGGCACGCCCGAAUCCAGGCGACGACUGGCAGUGUACUGUCUGAAGGAUGCCUACCUGCCCCAGAGGCUGAUGGACAAGCUCUCUUGCCUUGCGAACUAUACAGAGAUGGCUAGAGUCACGGGAGUCCCGUUUAACUAUCUUCUCUCCCGAGGACAGCAGGUCAAGUUCAUGAGCCAGCUAUUUCGAAAAGCUCAAGAACAGGGUCUCGUGAUUCCAAAUAUGAAGUCGGACGGCUCCGAGGAACAAUACGAAGGCGCUACCGUUAUCGAGCCCAUUCGUGGUUACUACGACGUGCCAAUUGCGACUCUCGAUUUCGCGUCGCUGUAUCCUAGCAUCAUGCAAGCGCAUAACCUCUGCUACACGACGCUGGUGAACAAGAGGGCGAUAGAAAGAUUCGGCCUCAAGAAGGACGAGGAUUAUAUCGUCACGCCUUGCGGCGACACGUUUGUCACGGUCAAGCAACGGAAAGGUUUGCUCGCCCAGAUCCUCGAAGAGUUGCUCACGGCGAGAAAGCAGGCCAAGAGGGAACUGGCCGUGGAGACAGAUCCUUUUAAGAAAGCCGUCCUCAACGGUCGCCAGCUUGCUCUGAAAGUCAGCGCCAACAGUGUGUACGGGUUAACGGGUGCGACGACGGGAAAGCUGCCCUGCCUAGAGAUUGCCAGCAGCACCACCAGCUACGGCCGGCAGAUGAUUGAGAAGACGAAGGCCGAGGUCGAGAAGAGGUAUAACAUCGCCAACGGAUACACACACAACGCCCAGGUCAUCUACGGCGACACUGAUUCCGUCAUGGUAAAAUUCGGGACGAAGGACCGAGCCGAGGCGAUGAGGCUCGGGGAAGAGGCAGCAAAUUACGUCUCGGAAAAAUUUGCCAAGCCGAUCAAGCUCGAGUUCGAGAAGGUCUAUUUCCCGUAUCUACUCAUCAACAAGAAGCGAUAUGCUGGCCUAUUCUGGACGAAGCCGGACAAAUUCGACAAGAUGGAUACCAAGGGUAUCGAGACGGUCAGGAGAGACAACUGCCUCCUGGUGCAGACGGUGAUCGAGAAGGUGCUCCGGAUGAUAUUAAUCGAGGAGGAUGUCCAAGGAGCCCAAGAUUACGUCAAGGAUACCAUCGCAGACUUACUACAGAACAAAAUAGACAUGUCUAAGCUUGUGAUCACGAAGGCGCUUACCAAAGAAAGUUACGACGCCAAGCAGGCCCAUGUCGAGCUAGCGAACCGCAUGAAGAAGCGAGACGCUGGUUCGGCGCCUGGGCUGGGUGAUCGAGUGGCGUACGUCAUGGUCAAGGGGGCAAGCGGGUCGAAGAAUUUCGAGCGCUCGGAAGAUCCCAUCUUCGUGCUGGAGAACAACGUGCCGAUCGACACUAGGUACUACCUGGACAACCAGCUGGCCAAGCCGCUCGGCCGUAUUUUCGACAGCAUCCUGGGCGAGACCAAGUCGAAGUCGCUCCUCACGGGCGACCACACGCGGUCCAUCUCGGUGGCGGCGCCGACGGUGGGAGGCCUGAUGAAGUUCACGAAGAAGACGAUGACGUGCAUGGGGUGCAAGAAGCCUCUGACGAGCAAGGAGGAGAGCAGCGGGGCGGUCUGCGCCGACUGCGGGCCGCGCGUGGGCGAGCUCUACAAGAAGACGCUGGACCACGUCUCGGACCUCGAGGUGCGGUUCGGGCGGCUGUGGACGCAAUGCCAGCGCUGCCAGGGCAGCGUGCACUGCGAGGUGAUCUGCAGCAGCAAGGACUGUCCCAUCUUCUACAUGCGCAUGAAGGCCAAAAAGGACGUCGAGGACGCUAGCAAGGAGCUGAAGCGGUUCGACUUCGACCAGUCGGCCAUAUGGUAGGUAGGAGAGAGGGCUGGGUACGCAUCCCACCCAGGUCCGAACCGGCCGGCGGUGCCCGGGUCGAGAGAGAGAGAGAGAGAGAGGUAUUGCUACGUAAUGGCAGGCCAGGUAUGGAGAAGUGCAUGGAGGCGGAGUUUCGGGUCGAUUUGGGUGUGUUUCUCUCACGCACACGCGCCCGCCCGCCGGGUGGCUGUGGGGAACGGUUGUAGUAAAUAAUCUAGCACGAUGGGACGAGGAGGCCGUACACGGCAGCACGCUACUACGUGCUCCGAGGGAUCCCAGACAAAAUAUAUGUACAUGUAGUUGAAUCUGCUGGCUGGGGGGGUGCGCGCUCGCUCGCUCGAUGUCACGUUUUGGCGUUGUUCCACGUAGG